AUGGCGGCUGUGCAAGCCCGAGGACUUUACCAAUUCGAUGGAGACGCCUCAAAUGGCGAAAUAUCUUUCUUGGCAGAUGAAAUUUUGACUAUAGUUCGACAGGAUAUUGGAGAAGGAUGGUGGGAAGCAAGAAAAGAAACUGGCGAGCAAGGCCUAAUCCCCGAAACUUACGUCGAACUUCUGUCGAUUCCCGAGCCUCAAUUUCCACCGCCACCUCCCCCCAACUUUCCUGUCGAUUUACCAGUUCAAACUCCGACUUAUAACAAUGUGAACCACGGAGACGGUCAAACCGAGGAUUGGGAUGAUGAAUGGGACGAUGAUGAUGACCAAUCCAGCAACAGUACAGCUAAGCAGUCCUAUAAUAACAACAAUGAACCUCAAGGAACUGGAAACUUUGGUCUGUCAGCACCUAAACGAGAGCGCAAACAAAUAUCUCCCACAUCAGAUAUGUCUAAAUAUGGCACAGUCAAAAGCAGUUUCAAUAGAUUCUCACAUUUCGUGAAGUUGGGAGGAGAUGCGUAUAUCAUGGGUCAAGUCAACCAUGAAGUUCGUGAAACAGACUUGAUUAAAAUUAUAGAAACAAAUGAUGGACCUGAAUGGACUCCACUUCAAAGUCCUUACACCUGUACAGUUUCUUCACCUAAAAAGGAAUCAAAGAUGAAAGGACUUAAAAGUUUUAUUACCUAUCAUUUGACUCCAUCUUUUAGUAAUAUUCAAGUGAGUCGAAGAUACAAACAUUUUGAUUGGUUACAUGAGAGAUUAGUGGAGAAGUUUAUUUGUAUACCGAUACCAGCAUUGCCCGAUAAACAAAUCUCUGGUCGUUACGAAGAAGAUUUUAUUCAGGAAAGGAUGAGAAUGCUACAGCAGUGGAUUGAUAGAAUGGUGAGACAUCCUGUUAUAGCUCAUUCAGACGUCAUGCUUCAUUUCUUGACCUGUACAAAUGAUAAAAAAUGGAAAGAGGGAAAGCGAAAAGCAGAGAAAGAUCCGUAUUUGGCUGGAAAGUUUUUCUUGUGUUUACAAACCCCUCCCCAUUCUUGUGAUAUGAAAGCUGUUGAAGCACAAAUGGAAGUUUUUUGUCGGUUUGUUAUGAACAUGAAUGAGAACUGUAAAUCGAUAAUUGCCAUUAAUAAUGACUUUAGUAAAAAACACAUGGGGCCUUUUAAAAGAGAAUUUCAAAAAAUAGGACAUUCUUAUAAAAAUUUGUCAACCACAUUUGCUCUGGAAGAAGGAGCCUAUUCUUUGCAGCUAACCAAGGCCAUUGAUUUCAUGGGUGAUUCUUAUUGUUCAAUUGGUGAUAUGUUUGAAAAGCAGCCCCCUAAAGACCUUUUCCCUUUGAUUGAGUCCUUAUCCGAAUAUCGCGGAAUCCUGCAAACCUAUCCUGAUGUGUUAAAAGUUCAUGAGGGGGCAGUGGGAAAAACUAAGGACUGUUUGAAAUUACAAGAAGAAGGAAAGAUGACGGAUGGAGAGGUUCAAAAUGUGAUGCAACGGGCAGAUACAAUUUCUUUUGGAACUUUAGCAGAGAUGCAUAAUUUUCACCAUGAACGUGUUAAGGACUAUAAGGAUAUGAUGCAAAAUUAUCUGAAAUCACAAAUUGAAUUCUAUAAACAAAUUACGAGUAAAUUGGAGGCUUCACUUGCCAUGUUUGACAACGCAUAGACUUCAGGUAAAAACUUUUUCAAAGUGUCAGUCAAAACAGUUUAUGUCAUACAAUACCGGUAUGUCUAUUAUUAGUUUUUUCUCUGAACAUGAAGUAUAUCUUUAAUAUUCAUGCAGGUUAGACAGAAGUCUUUUCAAUCACACUAUACUUUUGGGCUGAUAUUAUGAUUGUUAUCCUUAAGUUUAUGGAUUUAACUGCCAUAUUGCAGUCAAUUCAUGACAAUUUAAUGUUCACUGUGAACUUAUAUGGUAUUUUUAUUACUGAUUUAAAACAAAUUGUAGAAUAUGUUAAAUUUUUGCAAAUGUGUGUGCAAAUAUGGCAACUACUAAUUUUCUAUGAUUCAGAAAAUAUGUAAAGGUUUUUGUGACAUAAAAUGUGUGCUAUGAAACAAUGGCUAUGGAAUUACUAGAUUACAUUUUUUACUAGAUUAUAAUUGUUUUGCAAUUUUUUAGCAGCACAAAUUACUAAAUAUAUUUUGUUUGUUUUGUUAUUAAUGGAAAUAUAAGAAUACUGUUAUUAUUAUAUGAUUUAUAAAUUUAGUGUAUAUUUUGUUAAUAUUUGAAUUAUUUAAGACUUUGAUAAAGCUUCAAUUUCAUC